UCUGAGGACAGCCGCCCUCAUGUUUUAGGGGCGGUAGUCUGAAGCUAUUCGUCCUUCUUCCUCACAUAUUCAUUGUACAAGCCUGUAAGGACCGACUACAGCCGCGGCUUCCCAGAGACCCACGGCGGAGCUACAUGAACAUCCUCUUCGAUAAACAUUGACAAUAAUGGCUACUGAAAACUUCGAACUGACCGGCGAUGCGGACAAAAACGGCGAGGCAGAGACCCCGCGGUGGGGCCAUGAGAGGCGGCUACAGAGAUCCCUAAAUAUGAACCACUAUGCCAAUAAGAAGAGUGCAGCAGAAAGCAUGUUGGAUGUAGCUCUGCUCAUGGCUAAUGCCUCCCAGCUGAAGGCAGUGAUGCAGCAAGGACCAAGCUUCACCUUUUACGUGCCCCUCAUUAUUCUCAUUAGCAUCUCUCUCACUCUGCAAAUCCUAGUCGGAGUUCUGCUCAUUUUCAUAGUUAAGUGGAAUCUAAAUGAUGAAAGAAAUCACUACAGAUUGGACAUCUUGGAGAAUGUGACCACAGCUUUCGUCUUUAUCAUAGUGGUUAUCAACGUCUUCAUUACGGCCUUCGGUGUCCAGCAGCCCAGCUCGAGCGGUUGAUUGUGUUUUAAAUAGUUUUCAAUCCCUACUGAUCAAUUUAGUAAAGGCAGGACAUCCAGACAGGGAGAGACAAGAUAUUUAUUCACCAAACUGGCUGGCAUGCAGGUGUAUUUGCUUUUCUGUAAUUCAACCUAUCAGGUCUCAGGAGAACCAGUGAACUCAGAGAAUCAAGUUACAUUAUAUUGUCUCCUGUGUGUGUGUGUUUCUGAGUAAAAGGAGUUCCUCAGACCAUGGCCAGUCAUGUAGGGGAGACCGGGGAUAGUUGUAAAAUUUUUGACAUUUCUGUCUGUAAA